AUGGCGCCCGCAUCCCACCCUCUCCUUGCGCCCCUCUCGGGGUCGUCCAAGACCUUCUUCUUCCCCUCGCCCAACGAGACCAACAUGUUCCAGGAGCACCCGACCCUCCAGUCCGCGAUCCGCGUUACCCUCGAGUCGGCUGGCGCUGGUCUCCUCGUUUCGGCCGCCCAGAAUGCUCUCGACACGCAUGACAAGGGAGCAAUGGGCAUCUUCACCCGUACGGGCGGCACCAUCGGCCUCUUCGCGGCCAUGGGCUUCUCGUUCUCGUUCGUUUCGGACUACGUCGCUAACCUUCGUCAGACCGACGACCCUCUGAACGGCGCAGCGGGUGGCUGUGCGGCCGGCUUCGUUGCGGGUCUCAAGCGUGGCUCGCUCCCCGUCGCCUUCGGCGCCUGCGCCGGCAUGGCGACCCUCAUCGGCACCUUCCAGGCGGCUGGCAACAACCUCACCGGCGGGCUCGGCGACGAGACCCGGCCAGAGCGGGAAGAGCGCCGGCUGCGCUUCUUCAAGCACAAGCCCCUCACCGAGGAGGCAUGA